AUGCCUCUCAUCAAGGGCGCAUCGAAGACUCGGAGAGUCUUGAUGAGAUGUCAGCUCUCCAAGUACCAGAAUGUUAAGGCAGAGUCAGCAACAGCCCGUUCUGCUGGGGACGAAACAACAACAGCAUCACCACCAUCAACGAGAUUAUGUACUCCUUGCCCCUAUCCUACCACAUACGUGCCGAACAUAGACCAGUUCAGUGCACACCAGUACACCGAGCUAGCCUUCCAUUUCCAUGGCCUCAUCAAGGACUUGUGGCGAAAAGUCUGGUUUGGCCUGUAUCAAGUCCAGGACAAACACGGACCGAGUCACGCCAGCCAGAUUCGAAAGCUGUAUGCGGGUGCUGGAAUGGCCGAACUCCUCAGGAGCAGAAGUAACGGUAGCGGACGGCGACUGGAAGAUAUGUACAGACUGUUCUGGGGGAAAUGGGAAAUGAUCGGAUUGGGAGAUCUCUCGACGGCGCUUUGCGAGCAUGCCCGUGGCAGCAGUCACCACAACCGCCAGCCCGCCCUCGCACAGCUCAAGAUAUACGACGGUAUUGCCCUGGACAAUCUGCAGUACACCGUCAUGCUAUUAAAGGAAUACGAGCAUCAGGUGGAAGCGAUAUCGGAGCUGUACAGGUUCCUGCAACAGCAUCAGGCGGAUGAUACGACAGCAGAAGACCGCCGGCAAUCGACUGUGACUCAUCAGAUUUUUCUGCUGCGCGAGUUUCGACAGCGGGCAGACACUAUAGCGGCUGCGCUGGCUGACUUGGAUGGGCAGACGCUGGUUCUGCAGAGGGAUAUGGACAAUGAGGCUCGCGAGAUUCAUGGCCGACUAGAGGGGAUUGAGACGAUGGUCCUGAGGGAGGAAGUCCUGUCUCCGGAGUAG